UAUUCUUAGCUAGAGCACAGUAAAAGAAACAUUUCCCGCAAGACGCAUCAAAAUCAGAUGAGAGCUAUCAGAGUCAGUACUACGUAUAGCCUGCAGGCUGUGCCGCCCCCAAGGGCUGCCGACGUAAUGAUCUACAUCUCCUCUGCUCUUUUGGAGCCUGCAUACAUAUUGUAGCCUGCAUGUUGUGCGUAGCCUGCUUCUUAGUUGGGUCUCACUUCCCUCCCUGGGUUACAAUAAGCUGCAUGGACCUUAUCCGGAACACAAGCCGAGUACUACGUCCACAGACGCACGAGAUGGAGCCCGAAAAUGGAGCUUGAAUGCGCGCUUGCUCUUUUGACAACCCGGUUGCGCCUCACACACCACAGCUGAGGGAGCAUUCCUCAAUCUCUACGUAGUAUCUCCGACUUCUUGUUAUUCUCAAAUACCAUCUCGAUAAGGGGCUGGCUCCAGGUACUUGGAACUGUGUUCGUAUGAUCUUCGCCGUCCUUCAUGCCUACCCCAUCUAUUCGCAUAGCCAUCAUUGGUGGUGGCCUAGCGGGCGCUUCCUUAGGCAACGCCCUAAUCCACAUACCACAGCUCGAUGUUCACAUCUUUGAAUCCGCACCUGAGUUCUCUGAGCGGGGUGCCGCCAUUGGACUGUCGCGGAAUGCACAACACGCCUUGCAACAGUUUAUUCCUUCAGCAAUGGCGCUCUUAAGCGCAGCGGGGGCCGUUCCGAUGCGGUCAUCCCGCCUAAUGAUUGGUUCUGGGCCACAGGCCGGCACAUUUGUCUGCGACGUUGGGGAGGAGGAUUUGCAGUCAUCCUCACUUGCCGAGCCGGCAAUUGUUGUUCAUCGCGCUUCGUUUCUGAGAGAGUUGUUAGCUCCAAUCCCACAGGAAGCCCUACACGCGAACAAAAAGGUGAUUUCUAUCCACUCCACCUCAAUAGGUGAAAGCAUCACGUUUCAUGACGGCCACGUAGAGACAUUUGACGCCGUCAUUGGCGCAGACGGCGUGUUUAGUGUUGUCCGUAGGCAUGUUGUACCGGAUCAGGAAUGGACCGGGACACCGAGUGGCUUUUGGGACUGUAGGAACUUGAUACCUUACGACCGAGCUAAGGCGGCUUUGGGUAAUGAAUACUUCGAGGUCGAUAGACAGUACGGCUGGGCUGGCGACGGCGCGUACUUCUUGCAUGAUGUCCUCGAUGACAGGACGGUGGUGCAGUGUGUCAUGUCAGGAACCGAAAAGGAGUCGCCGCCGAACCGGAUCCAUAAGCUGACAAGGGCCUUCCUGGAAGAAAAGCUCGGGUCAUGGCUCGACAGCCCAAUAGCUGGGAAGAUGAUAGAUCUUUUGAUCGAUCAACCAAACCCGGAAGGAUAUUCCGCUUGGGAACACAAGAACACAUCUACUUACGCCAAGGGGCGAAUAUGCAUCGUCGGCGACGCUGCCCACGCGAUGACGCCAUGGCAAGGCGCUGGUGCAGGCCAGGCCAUCGAAGACGCGAUGGUCAUGGGGGCGUUAUUAAGUCAGGUCUUCUCAGGCGACGAUAUACCGAAGGCCUUCAGAGCUUUCGAUGCUGUGAGGAAACCUAGAUGUCAGAGGAUUAUAGACUCCAGUCGCGAGACCGGUCAAAUUAUGUGUGGGCAGCAUCCCGACGUCUCGCUGGAUGCAAGGGAGAUGAAGGAGGCACUCAAGGCUAAAUGGAGGUUCAUUCUUGGUCUGGACAUGGCGCGGCACCAGGAAGAUGCACUUGAGAUAAUGCGACAGUUCCGCAAUAGCUGAUCUUUACAUGCAUGCAUACUUCUGGUCUUUCGGCUUGUAGGCAAAUGCAUAUAUCGUAAGCGGUGGGAGCAAGUCUUCGGAUCCCACGUGAAGUAGACUCCCAUUUCCAUGCGAUCCUCUUUCCUCAAAACGUGAAUUGGCAUUUCCCAGUAGCCCCUAAUUAUUAACUUGAGCAAUUUCAUCCGAUGGCAACCGUCUUUCUCUAUAAACCAUUAUGUGCUAUGUAGAGGAAAAAUGAAAGUUAAAAAAAAAAAAAAAGAGAGAUACCCCUAUUAACAAGCAUUUGUAUGUUAAGAAGUUGGCAAAGAGUAUGCUCUCGGUACAGCAAGUCAAGCCUGAAGUUCCCAGUGACCUCUUCACCGACACCCUAGCCGCCGGCCACCGUAACGCGCACCAACAUAGCUAUGCACCCCCUGGUGAUUUCAAAGGAGUGAAAAACGCUGAAAGGCUCUAAAUAGAGAAUGCGAUGAAGGUACUAGAGUCGGCGCUCUUGUAUGGCGACUGCCCAAUAAGACAUAGAUGACUAUGGCUAUAUAAGGAAUCAGGAGUGCUGAAACAAUUCCUACUGAUCUUCGAGAGCUGUAAAGGAGAGGAUAUGCCAA